GCGCGCGCGACGUCGUCGACGGCGACCAUGGCGUCCUCUCCCGGAGACUGGUACCAGAGCCUCCCGCCCGUGUGCAAAGCGUGGGGCACCGCGUGCAUGGCGUCCGCGGUCGCGUCCCAGUUGGGGAUGAUCGAUCUCUCGAUGUUCCACUGGUCGCUCCCGCUGGUGAUCAAAAAGUUUCAGAUCUGGAGGCUCGUCACCAACUUUUGCUUCCUCGGGAGGUUCUCGUUUCCGUUCGUCGUGCGGAUGAUGAUGAUCGCCCGCUACGGCGUCUUCCUCGAGCAACAAACCUUCGCGGGACGCACCGCGGACUUCCUCUGGAUGUUACUCAUCACCGGCGGGGUGUUACUCCCCGUCCCGACGCUGUUUCCUUCUGUUUCAUUCUCACCCUUCGCCGGCGCGUCGCUCGCGUUCGCGUUGCUUUACCUCUGGUCGCGCGAGAACCCGAACGCGAACACGUCCAUCAUGGGCAUGGUCUCCAUGAAAGCGUUCUAUCUUCCGUGGGGGAUGAUGGCGCUGACGAUGGUCAUGGGCGGCAGCGUCGUGCCGGACUUUUUGGGCGUGAUGGCGGGGCAUCUGUAUUACUUUCUCGCGGUGUUGAAUCCCGCGGCGGGGGGGCCGCGGGUGGUGCGCACGCCGGGGUUUAUUCACGCGCUCGUGAAGGCGGUGUGGGGGAUACGGCGCGCGCCGGGCGGCGGCGGCGCGGGGAGAGGCGCCGGCGCGGGCGCGGCGCCCGCGCCGAGGUCGUUCGGAGGAAGAGGCCGCAGGCUCGGCGCGGACUAGACGGAGCGACCGUCGUCGGUCGUGAAAGCGUGUUGAGGGCCGUUCUAUACAAGCGAAUGUUGGGGUGGAGUUCAAAGGCGUCAGUUGGCGUUGAAAGGCAUCGAGGACGGGGAUUGAAAGCGUGGCGUGGGCGGAGAGAGACGACGGCAAAAGUCCUUAAGGAACGGCGUUCACCACGCGAACGCGGUCGUAUGGGAACCAGUGUAUAGAACGCACCUGAUUCUGUUCC